AAUUAUGCUCUCUAGUCUCAACCCAUUUUUUCAAGCAAAAAAAAAAAACAGAUCACAGACGUACUCGUCGUGAAAUAUAUAUAUAUAUAUAUGGCUGGCGACCGGAGAUACUACUGUUACAAGGAUGUCCUGCCAUUCGCCGCCAUGGUCACCAUGGAGUGCUUCAACGUUGGACUUAAUACCUUGUACAAAGCUGCCACACUCCGUGGAAUGAGCUAUCAUGUUUUUAUAGUUUACUCCUAUGCGGUCGCGGCCUUUCUCCUCCUGCCGGCACCCUUCUUUUCCAACAGAUCAAGGGUGCUUCCUUCAGUGAAUUUCUCAAUAGUUAGCAAAAUCGGACUUUUAGGAAUCAUUGGAUGUACAUCACAGAUCAUGGGAUAUACCGGAAUUAUUUACAGCUCGCCAACGUUAGCUUCUGCCAUCAGUAAUCUUGUUCCUGCUUUUACCUUCAUCCUUGCCGUUACUUUCAGGAUGGAGACAUUAUCUUUUUCAAAGAAAAGUACCCGGGCGAAGUGUUUGGGCACAAUUGUGUCUGUAACUGGUGCGUUUGUUGUCACACUUUACAAAGGUCCCAAGAUUAUUUGGAAUAUAUCCUCUUCACCUUCUGGUUCUAUGCCGGUUUCCCUGGGCUCUUCACAACCAAACUGGGCUCUCGGUGGCCUAUUUCUAACUUCCGAGUAUAUCUUGGUCCCGUUGUGGUACAUCGUGCAGACACAAAUCAUGAAAGAGUAUCCAGCAGAGUUGACGGUGGUGUUCUUUUACAAUUUAAUAGUCAGCAUUUUGGCUGCAAUUGUGGCCUCUUUUACUGAACCAGAUUCAAGUGCUUGGAAAAUCAAGCCAGAUAUAGCCUUAGCUUCAAUUUUGUGUUCAGGUGUGCUUGGUUCGUGUUUGAACAAUAGUGUACAUACGUGGGCAUUACGCCUAAAAGGCCCAUUAUUUGUUUCCAUGUUUAAGCCGUUGUCAAUUGCUAUAGCGGUCGUCAUGGGUGUUAUGUUCCUUGGGGAUGACCUCUAUCUUGGAAGUGUGAUUGGAGCAGCAAUAAUAUCAAUUGGAUUCUAUACGGUGAUGUGGGGCAAAGCGAAAGAAGAUGCAAUAAAAGCUGAAGUUGUAAAUUUGGAGUCAUCCUCCACACCAAGAUCACCCUUAUUGCAGUAUUACAAGGACGAGGACGUGGAAAGAAGAUAAGUUAAACGUUUUAUCAUCUGUAAUAUAUCGAUCGUGUUACUAUGGUAACAUUGUACAUAAUAGUAGUACAUGAUUAUUGGUUUUCAUUUUGGUCAAGAAGUAAUGCUUUUGAAGUC